AUGGCCGAGCGGUCUAAGGCGCCAGACUCAAGGGUAACCUUGCCUGUUAAACAGGUCAUCAGGGCGUGUGUGAUGGUGCGGACCCUCACAGUGCUGCUGCUGGUGGGAGCAUUGUGCGGCGCCGCCACCACACUCGACUCAGAACUUGGAGUCGGCAAGGCGAUCAACAUAUUUAUGAGAUAUGGCUACCUCAGCAUCUGCAUGCGGGUUGUCCCGCGUAACGACACAGAAGGAUGGGUGUUCAGAGAGCCUACAGUCUCAGUGUUUCGCGACGUGGAGCGGUAUGCCAUCGCGCCGACGCCUCGCCACGCCAAGACUUUGUUUGACGGAGACUUCCACAUGGAAUUCUGCGAUAACCUGAAGCAGCUGCUGCAGGCGUACUUUAGAGAUUUUAGUUUUGAAAGAUUGGAGCGACCAUGGCGCGCGUUCACCGCUGGAUGGCCCACAGAUAUCAUGGCUCGCAACCUCGGCAUCAACUCCUCCUUCAUCAACGGUGAUCACUGCUACGUGCUCGUUAGGGUCUCUAGAUUCCGCGAGACAGGGAAACUAAACGACCUGCCCGGCAAUAUAGGCGUUGAAGACGUGGUUACCGAAGCAAUUCAGGAUUCCAACAUUGGAGACACAGCUUCUAUUGCAGAUUUCAUCAGAAAAUAUGGCUCACAUUAUAUUGCUUCUUAUAUUACUGGCAACUCUCUUUAUCAGGUAUUUGUGUUUUCCCGUGGCGUGUACUCCAGGAUCAAGGAGCGUGUUAAGUCCCGCGGUAUUUCUGAUAUACCGAUAGCUGAGAUGAACAAUUUCUUCUCGCCACUAUUCGCUGAACAUGUUGGCACUGUCAAGGUGUUUGUGUUCUCUAGAACGGCAUACUCUAUGAUCAAAGAACGGUUGAAAACUAAAGGAGUAGCAGAUAUUAACUCUAAGGAAUUACAGGAAUAUUUCUCGCCCUUUCAAGCUAAACAUGUCGGCCAAAUUAAGGUAGCAAGUGGAAACAAAACAGUUGAGAAUUGGGCAACGAAACGCCUUCGAGUCCACUACUACAUAUUCUCAUACCCGAGUCUGUUAAAGUUACACGGAGAGCCAACACUGCUCAGAAGCCUAGACACGUUAUUAGGAAAUGAAGCCUUAUUACAAUUAGAAUUAAAAACACUAUCGCCUGCAUUCAAGGACGUAAAGAAAAAGAAAUGGUUCGAGGAAGUCAUAGAUAAUUAUUUAAAACUUUGGGAGAGUAAUAUGUGA